UGGGAUGCUAAUGAAGCACUGAACAGUCUACUGGCUGCAUUCUGCUCCAGCCAAUGGGAGCAGAGCUCUGUCUGAUCUGUGCUGAGCAAUCGAGGUUGAGCUGCAAAACAGACCCCGGCAGCUCUUCAUACACAAAAGUUAUACUGAGGGGAGAACACUGCCAGGAUGUCUUCAGUGGGACCCUUGAAGAACGAGACAAAUCUGAUCCUGCAGCAAGUUGGUUUUCAAGUGCAGAGAAUCUACCCAUUCCACGAUGGCUGGAACACCGCCUGCUUUGUGAUCCUGGUGCUGUUUAUCCUGACUGUGCUAUCACUAGUACUCCUGGCAUUCCUCUACGAGAUGCUGGACUGCUGCUGCUGCGCCAAGCAAAAGACAGUCAAGGACUUAGAGAACGAGCCAAACCCUGUCAGGGCUCUAAUGAGCAGUAUGAAAAAGCGCAAAACUGAAGUGGUUUAGUACAGCUGUGGAAAGAUAAGACAUGGCCUUCAGCUCUUUUAAGGUGACAAAUCUGUGAGCUUAGGACACACUUCUCCAUUUAUAUAGUUUUCUGGGCAUUCAACGCUACAUUUAUCUGAUCAUGUGGUCUGUUGCAGAAAAACAAAAAAUAAUAAUCCCACCUGGUCUGUCAAUGAUCCUAUGACCUUUAUUUUUUUAAUUUAAAUUUAAUUUUUUGCUAGUUAUAUCAGUAUUAGGGAAGAGAUUUCCCAUUUAGAAGUGUGAUAAUUUAAAAAGAAAACUAUUUUUCUUUCUGAUUGUAAACUGUAAUAAACUUAAAUUUAAUAAAACCUAGGUAAUUGCUACAGAUCAAUGUCACCAUAAAAUCAUGUAAUAUAAAGUGUAAUUAAAAAUGCAUUCUUUUUAGGUUUUA